GUUUUUGUUUUUGUUUUGUUGUUGUUGUUGUUUUGCAAUAUCUAUGCAUUUUUCCAGCCUUCAGAAAGUCUUCAUCUGGCAUAGUGGUAUCUAUAAAAGCCACGUUAACCAAAUAUUAUUUUCUGUCCCAAAAAUAUGGAUUUUUGCAAAGAAAAUCCUACUUUCUGGACAAAAAAGGCAUUUGGAAAUUUUGUAUAGAAAUAAGUUCAAAAGUCCAGAAAUUCUUAUUAACACAGGAUUUUCUCAUUAGAGUUUCUCAACUCUUUUUCAGCCAUUUUUGAAAUAUUUUAAAAUAUUCUUUUGAAUAAUUAGUUUGCAGGCAAUAUAGGAAGGGCACAUAACCCAACACUAAAGGGCAGUUUUGUAUAGAAAUUACACUUUUUCCUUUGGUUAGAUUUAAAUAAAAAGAAACUUAAAGCAUGGCUUUCUCAUUUCAGUUUGUAUGUAAGGAUAUCAGAUAUUUUGCAUUUCAGAGUGAACCCACAGUUGUUUCCCUUCUGGCAAUAAGAACCACAGGCAACUAAAGCUGACAGUACUCCGCUGAAAUCAAUGUCAAUAUGUCUUUUAAACCAAGAUCUGCCACAAUUCUGAUGGGAUUUGAACAUUCAUAUUUGAAAGUAUUUCUCUGUGUUAUGUCAGUGUUAUAGAAAUGUACUAUAGUUCAGCUUCCUGCAAUGAUGAAAAAUAAAUAUUAAAGGUAGCCUUUCCAUCUGGUAAUGAAUUAUAGUAUUUGUUCAUUUUUGUUCAUUUUAUGUUAUCUUUCAGUUAAGAGAAACUGUGAAGAGAAGUUUUAAUUAACUUUAAAAUAUAUCGAUUUUCCUUAAUGUUUUGAUAAAGUACAAAUGUAUAUAAACUGAGUUGAUUAAAAUGAAUCAUUUUUUAAAAAAAAAAUGGUUGGUUAACAGCCAUUUUAUAAACCCUCCUUUCUAUGUACAGUAGCAAUAUGCUUCUAUAGUGAAAUAUCCAUAUAAUAAUUUGACCAUGGUUUCUGUUGUGUGUGUGUGUGUGUGUGUGUGUGUUUUUAAUGUGGCUGAAAUUGUGGCAUCAAGUAGUAUUAUUUAAAGGAAUCAGAAUUAAUUAUUUCAAUUUCCUUUGGCUUUCAAAAUGUUGUGCAAAGCAAUGUCUUCCUAAUAGACUACAACUGUAUUACAAUUAUGGUAUUAGCCUAACAAAUCAGUUGUCGUUUGUGGUUAUAAGAAGACAGGGGAUAAUAAUUCAUACUAGGAAUUAUCGCACUAGCUGAAAUUUAGUUGUCCGUGCAUGUGUGUGUGUGUGUGUGUGUGUGUGUAAUCCUCUCAUCUUUGAAAGGAAUCAAAGAUGAGAGGAUAAAAUGAAGAUUACAAGCAAGUACCUGAUAAUCAGCAAUGAGCCGAUGUGUUGUGACUUGCUUAGCUCACAUAUCUUUGCUUGUAAAUUCUUUUAACAGGCAGAUUCUCGCAUUAAUAUGUUUCCUGACCUUCCAGUCUGGGCUCGUUUGCUGUCUAAAAUAUCCUGGCAGCUAUUCAGUUUUCUGUUCGCAGUUUGCGUUGCAUUAUCAUCCCUGUAGCAGAUCCAGUUAUAAAACAUACACACAAUACAAGCCCCCUCCCAUUUAGAGAUAUUUAUUCUUGUAUCAUUUCCCCCCAGAUUUUCCAGAAUACCAUCAUGUUCGUGUUCUGAAGGUUAAUGCCCAAAGUCAAGCAGACAGAAGCCAAGAGCUGUAAGGUUUUCCAAGAUUAGGACCGAUUUCUUUCGCAGAAAUAAAUGAUUCCUGCCAUGUGCAGUGAUUUUGUGCAGCACUACUCACGGCUGAGUGAGUGCAUCAAUACUGUAGCCCUUACAUGCUGUACAUACUGAUGACACUGUGUUAACUUGAUUGACUGAGCAGCGUACGGACGAAGAUGCACCUGCAAGAGAUAUACAGAGACACAUUUUUAGUCCGGGUUUGAAAAUAUUUAUAUUACUUGGAAGUAUUAGUAUCCAUUUCUAUGGGUUCCCACGUAUCAGCUGCUAAGGCUUUGAGACAGCAGCAGAAAAGAAGAAAUGGAGUCUCAAUGAUGGUAAACAAGACUGUUCCUCGUGUUGUUUUGACACCAUUAAAGGUGUCUGAUGAGCAGUCAGAUUCACCUUCAGGGUCUGAAUCUAAAAAUGGUGAAGCAGACAGUUCUGAUAAAGAAAUGAAACAUGGGCAAAAGUCUCCAACGGGAAAACAAAUGAGCCAGCACUUAAAGAGAUUAAAAAAAUCUGGCUUAGGACAUUUGAAAUGGACCAAAGCCGAGGAUAUUGACAUAGAAACCCCAGGAUCUAUUCUCGUGAACACUAAUCUGAGGGCUUUAAUAAACAAACACACAUUUCUUUCCUUACCUCAGCAUUUCCAGCAAUACCUCCUGCUUUUGCUUCCAGAAGUAGAUAGACAGAUGGGAAGUGAUGGAGUUUUGCGCCUCAGUAGUUCUGCUCUAAAUAAUGAAUUCUUUGCAUAUGCAGCACAAGGGUGGAAACAACGAUUGGCAGAAGGAGAAUUUACUCCUGAAAUGCAGUUACGCAUCAGACAAGAAAUUGAAAAGGAAAAGAAAACUGAACCCUGGAAAGAGAGGUUCUUUGAAAGAUUUUAUGGAGAAAAGCUUGGAAUGUCAAUAGAUGAGUCCAUGAAGCUUACAUCUGUCCAGAACAAUAAUGCAGACGAAGAGAGUUCACUAUGUGAGUCUUCAGAUUUGCCUGGACCUUCAGGAGAAUCAACGUUUGAUGAUCAUGAAGAGAAAACCAACCAGCUACCACUUUUGGCAGAGAGAGAUUUCUGUCAAUCACUUUGCAAUAUGGAACAUAUUUCAUCCAAGGAUCUAAUAGCUGAAGCUGAAGACAUUUUAAUACCAGAAGAAUCUGUUAUUCAAGAAGAGAUUGCUGAGGAGGUAGAAACAAGUAUCUGUGAAUGUCAAGAGGAGAACCAUAAAACAGAAGAAGAGAGUUCUGAACAGCUAAUUAGCCCCAAUGAUACACAUGAAGAAACAGAAAUUAUACCACUCACAGGGAACUCUGAAUCCUGUGUUGUGAUGAACAAUGUAGUGAGUACAGUGUCUCAUGUUGAAAUUAAGGUAGAAGAGAAAGUGGACUAUUCCCAGGAAGAAAUGGCAGUCAUGAAUGAUCAGCUGGAAAGUAGCUUAUCUCCUUCACAGUCUGCUUCAUCUACAAACUCUCUAAGUAACAUGGAAGAAAAAGAUCUUAAUUCCUCAAAAGAGCUAAGUCUUCAUGGAAAAUAUUCCCCUGUCCUGAAUGGCUCCUUAUUCACUGGUGGGAGUGUUGCUGUACACAUGGAGCUGCAAAGUGACCCCGAUGAACAGUCAUCAGAAAAUGCAUGCAUUUCUGAAACUUCCUUUUCCUCUGAAAGCCCAGAGGAGCCAUCUGUCAGUAUUGCAUCUCCUGGAGGUGACACACAGUCUACUUCAGACGAACCUUGCACUCCGGUAUCUUUGGAAACAGCCUGUUCAUCUGACAUAUCUUGCACUGAAAAUCCUGAAGUUGAUAGUCAACAAAAACCUAUUGAUGAUCAUCUGAACACAUCUCUAAUGUCUGAAGUAUCUCCAAUGCCCGCCUCACCUGUAACCUCAGAAGCAUCUCUGAUGUCAAAUUUGCCUUUAACUUCAGAGGCAUCACCUGUUUCUAAUUUACCUUUACCAUCAGAAACCUCACCAAUGUCUGACUUGCCCUUAACAUCUGAAACCUCUUCAGUCUCUUCUGUUCUUUUAACUUCUGAAACAUCUCAUUCAAAUAGUUUGUUGUUACCUUCAGAAGCAUCUCCACUUUCUGAUUCCCCAUUGAGUGAAAGAUUUAUUCAGCAAAGAAAAUCACCAUGUUCAUCUGAAGAAUCCAUGUCUUCAGUGAAAGAAGAAACAUUUUCCAUUUCAAAUGCUCCGCAAGAAGAAAAUCUUGAGUCACAACAGAAGCAGCCCCACAGUGCAUCAGAAACAAUGAAAACCGACAUACCUGAAGCUUCAACAUUGGAAGAAUCCCAAUCUAGAAACUUCACAAAUCAAGCAUGUAGGUUGCACACUGAAACAGAAAAAACUUUUAUUUCUUCUAUUGAGGAACGAUCUCCCCCAGAAGUAAUAAAAAUUAGAAACCAUGGUGUCCAGCACAGAACUGAAAAGAAAGGUGCAAUCCCUCAGCUGGAAGCAUCUGUUCUAACUGAAGCUGGAGGAUGCAAAAAUCCUGAAUCUCUUCCAUCUAAAUCUCAUGAUAAGCUAUAUACCUCAUCAUCAUCAGAAAAGUUCUCAGAAGUAGGUCGAAGUAAGUCUCACAAACUUCAAGGAAGUUCACAGAGUCGAUUUGAAGGUUCCCAUUCUUCAAAGUCAUCUGAAGCUACAAAAUCACCAGAGGCAAGAGGUGAAAACAGGGACCUGGAGAUUCCAAAGAGGAAGACUGCUGAGCACUAUGGAUUUGGCAUUUGCAAAGAGAAGCGAGCAAGAAUUGAAGAUGACCAGUCUCAUCGUAAUACCUCAACAAGUUCAUCUGAAAGAGAGCCACCACCUAGAGAAGAGCCAAGGGUUCCACCUCUUAAGAUACAACUUUCAAAAAUUGGCCCACCUUUUAUCAUCAAGAGCCAGCCCGUUUCCAAACCAGAACCUAGAUCUUCUCCAAGUACCUCAGUCAGCAGUGGGAGAAACACUGGAGCAAGAACACUGGCAGAUAUCAAAGCAAGAGCCCAGCAAGCUCGAGCUCAAAGGGAAGCAGCAGCUGCAGCUGCGGUUGCUGCGGCCGCAAGCAUUGUCUCUGGGGGCUUAGGGAGCCCCUGUGAAGGUGGAAAGACCAGGACAUUGGCACAUAUCAAGGAGCAGACAAAGGCCAAAUUGUUUGCAAAGCACCAAGCACGAGCACACUUGCUCCAGAAUAAUAAAGAAACCAAGACUCAACAUGUCCCCAAGGAAGUUCCAUCAGUGACAGAGAUCUCUGCUUCUUCUGAAACAAAGAUUGAAGUUUCAACUGGUGUAAUUAUAGUCAAUCCUAACUGUAGGUCUCCUAGCAACAAGUCUGCUCACCUUCGGGAAGCCCCUGCUUUAUUGCAGCAGUCACUUCAUGCCACUACUUUACCAGAAACUAGUACUGACGUCUCUGUUCACAAUUCUGAUGAAAAUAUACCUGUGUCUCAGUUAUGUGAGAAAAUGCUUUCAUCUACCUCUACAGAAAGUAACAGUGUGUCAGUGCUAUAUAAUAAAAAUUCAGUCCCUGUGUCUGUGUGUAGCACUGCUAUGUCAGGAGCAAUUAAGGAACUUCCUUUUGUCAGUUCUGUUGAUAAGUCCUCUGUCUUAAUGUCUAUCGAAAGUACAGACACAAAGGCUUGCAGUAUAACCAUGCUGAAAUCCAUUCAGGGAGCUGACACUCCAUGUAUAGCUCUACUGCCAAAAUGUGUUGAAAACGCCACUGCUCCAGCCACAGUAGAUAGUACAAUCUUGACAAAUUCCUUAGAUGAGAAAAGAUUGCCCGUGCCAAACAGCAAUGCAAACAAUACCAUCUCCAGCCAGUAUACCACCGUGCCAACUUCAACUAUUGCGAGUAAUUUGCCAAAUCAUUUGGUUGGUAGCUCUGUUUUGAUUCCUCCAGUGGGAUCUGCAAAUAGAUAUUCUUCUGAUAAGAUAGCCAUAACUGGGUCCAGUGACACAAGUUCUGUAUCAAAUGCCACCACUGUUAAGGCAGUUUCCCAUUGCAGUGAAGCACAUCAUGUGGCCAAUCCUGUUGGCAGGACUUCCAUUUCAGUAUUUGUGGGUAAUAUGAUGACAAUAGGUUCUUAUGAGAAUCCCACCAAAAUGGAUUCGGAUGGUAUGGAGAGAAAUUCUCAAAUGCGAACUCAUUUAGAUAUGUCUGGGAAAUCCUCAGUAGGUUAUUCACGGACACCUAUGAAUAGAUCUAUACCUUGUAAAGUCAUUGUUGACCACACAACAACAACAAUAAAUUCAAAUUUGUCACUGAGUAUUUCAAGUGAAAACUCUGAAAACAGCACAGAUAUGCAGACCAGGCACAUCAGGACAGAAACUGCCUUACAAAAUGUAGCAUGUCCUCAAGUGUCUGUAAUAAGUAGGCCAGAGAUGCUUACUCAUGAAAAUCUAGAGCAUGGCCCUUGCUUCAGUACUGGUAAAACAAAGCAAGAUGGCAAACAUCUGCAAGCAGUAUGCACCAGUCUUCGAGAAGUGCCUCUUCUGCCUCAGAACAAAAGACUUGAGGAUGUUUCUUCUGGCCAAGGUUUUUCAGAACAAUUGCGAGGACCUUUGGCUUUCAAAAGUGAAGUAGUGAGUGUUUGUGCCAACCCUUAUAAUCCUAGUGGCAGAAUCCGCUGGAAUAAGGAUGAAGCAAUGAACACUGACCAGUCUUUGUUAGGUCAUCUUAACCCAAGUAAGCAUAAGGAAUAUACUGAGCAAAACUGUUUAAAAAAUGUCAAAACAGAGCCUUCAACUUUCAUGCACCUGAAUGAGAUGCAUUCGAGGAACAUUGUGACAAGCAUUGCCAUGCCCGUUAAGUCAGAAGUUAGUGAAUCUGACAAAUGCUUUAGGAUGGAUACUGAAAAUUUCCCAAGACCUGAAAUGCCCCUCCAGUCUUCAGAAAUAGCCACAAGUGCACAUGCAGUGCAAAAUUCAAAGAAAUCUGUUACAGGGUCCAUGGAAAACUCUUUGUCAUUGACAACAGAAACAUUCAAAAGAGUUACAAAUGUUGGAAACUCAAGCUGCCGUUUGUCAUCAGUGGAAGCCAACAAUCCUUUAGUGACACAGCUCUUGCAAGGCAAUUUGCCAUUGGAAAAAGUGUUGCCACAGCCCAGGUUAGGAGCCAAGCUAGAAAUUAACAGGCUUCCCUUGCCUUUGCAGACUCCCUCAGUAUGUAAAUCAGCAACAUCUGAGAGAAAUAUGGUUGAAAAUCCUUCCAACUCUCCAAACCCAGAUGGCAGAGGAUUUAUGGCAGGCAACUUAGCCCCACUACAAAUCAGAAAACGUGAGAGCCAUCCCAAAAAGAGAGUGGCCAGAACAACAGGGGAUGUGAAAUGUGAGCCUGGGAAGUCAUCCAUGGACACAGACAUGAAGGUGGGCCCUUGCAUCAUCACUUCCAGCAUGAACCAACAUGGUCAUGGUCAGUUGUUUAAGCAAGAGUGGCCAAACAAGCAUAGCAUUCAGAGCAGGAUUGCACACAGCCCAGAAAUCAAGCAGCAAAAGAGGCCCUUGCCUGCGUGCAGUUUCCAACAGAACUUAUUCAGUGUGGACAAAAAUGGCAGUUUCCACAUAGAAGCCAGUACCUCACAUAGACAGCACUUCUACCAAAUGCCAAUGGCUGGCCGAGGCCCAGCUCUGAUGCAAGCCAACUUGAAGGCCCCACUGGGCUGCAACAAUUUUACUUUCAGUAGGCACCUGGAGCAGAAGGCGUUAGGAGAGAUCAACAUGUCGACAGCUCCUCACCAGCCAAGACUGGCGAGUGUUUUUUCUCCUAAUAUUCAGAUGAAGGAAGGUGAUGACAUUCCUAGUGCCUCACAGACACUGCACAAUAAGCCCUUAGUACACCCGCCUCUCCCUUUACCACCACCACCUCCACCCCCACCCCCACCACUCCCUCCUCUCCAAAAUGCAGAAGCUCCAUCUGAUCACAAACAACCGGCAGUUACUAUGGAAACCACUAAAAGACUUAGUUGGCCUCAGCCGGCAAGCGUCUGUAGCAAUAUAAAAUCGGAACCUGUUUCUUUUGAGGAAGGUUUAAGCAGCAGCUGUGAGCUAGGCAUGAAACAAGCUUCUUACGAUCAGAACGAAGUGAAAGAACAGUUGAAAGCCUUUGCGCUGAAAAAUGCCGACUUCCCAUCCUAUUUACUUUCUGAGCCCCAGAAGCCUUUUGCCCAAUUAACUGCUCAGAAAAUACAGACUCAGCAACCGCCGCAGCCGCCGCCACAGCAGCAGCUCUGUGGAAAUUACCCUACGAUACACUUUGGUAGCACAAGCUUCAAAAGGGCAGCAUCUGCCAUUGAAAAAUCCAUUGGAAUCUUAGGAAGUAGUUCAAAUACCGCCUCAAGCCUAUCUAUUCAGAACACUCAGAUUCCGGUUCAGAAAUUUGCUGACAGCAGCAGUGCGGAUGAGCUGGAACUGAAAUGCUCUUGCCGGCUGAAAGCCAUGAUUGUGUGCAAAGGCUGUGGUGCCUUCUGCCACGAUGACUGCAUAGGCCCUUCCAAAUUGUGUGUAGCCUGUUUAGUUGUGCGGUAGAAUCUGAACCAGAGUUGCGGUAUCCCUGCUCAGCCAUGGACAGCAAAGGGAAGGUGGGAUAACUGGAAUGUGCAAGGGUGUUUGGUAUCCGGGUACAAAAUAUCAGGAGGGGAAGCCUGGUUUAGAAUUUACAUAUUUCUGCUUGCAUGGCUCUCCUUGGUAGGAACAACCCCUUCAAAUCAUGUGCCCACAAAAAAAAGUUAAACAAGGUUUCUUACUGUGCAAAAGCCAGCCAAACUGUAUUUCCAUGCCUGUUUAUGUGCCCACAGUGCAAAAACAUGAUUUUUACCAUUUAUAAACAUCACAUAUCUUCCUGGGAAAAUAAUUACAAGUUUUUUACCAAAUUUCUGUGCUGGAUAGAAGGCAGAGGAAGCCUAUCCAGGGGGGAAAGAUAAUGGGAAUAAAUUGGAUUCUUUUAGCAAUAGCAGAUUAUAAUGGGUAUUGCAUUCCUUAAACCACAUUGGCCAUCUAUGAUUGAUUUAUAGGCAGCAAGAAGGAACAAGACAUUUUUGGCAACCUGAUAUUGAUAUGUUUGAUCCCUUUAUAAAGAAGUUAUAUGGAAGAAGAAUUAAUUAAGGCAGAUUAUCAAAGAUUACCUGUGAUUGGAAUUUGCAUGAUUUUAGAAGUUGGGGCAGGGGAAUAACUAGAGCUAUAAUAAUCUAUUACUCAUUUUUCUUCCCCAAACUUCACUUAUAUUAUUUCCCAAAGGGAGAAGAUCAACAUUAUAGAUGUAUAUGGACUAGCAUGUUUGGAUCAGUGAUAUCAUUUCAAAUAGCCUGAAGCUUAACUCUUUUUGUCUAAUUCUGGCAAUGUAGAUCCCCAAUAGCAAAAAAAGUGAUUUACAGUCUUUUUAAAAUACGUUUACAAGUUGGUAUAUUUAAAUUAUCAAUUUUGCUUGUUAUCUUGUGUGUGUGUGUGUGUGUGUGUGUGUGUGUGUGUAGCGAGUUCACGCUGCCAGUAUUGCAUAAGCUGGUUAGAGCAAUGAGAAGACUUUAAAGGGAUACUUUAGUAUUGGUUUAUGUUGACAUAAUAGCUACCAGUCCUUUAGAGGAAAGCUGUAGCAUUUGCUAAGUUCUUUUCGCCAAUAAGUAAAAUAUUAAAAAGGGGAAAAAAUGUGGAGCCUGACAAAAGGAGAGACUUGAUUAUCUAAAAAGAAAUGACUCUCCCUGCCCACGUUGCUAAGGAGUACAUAAAAUAUAGAGUGGAAGUUACUUGUAUGCUGUCAUGUGAAUUUAACCACAAUAAUGAAGUAAACAUUUGAGAAAUACAUCAUUCCUACCCACACAAUAGAGCCUGACUCACCUAGUGCCUGGCAACCCAUGCAAAAAAUUGGCAAAUCCUUUUCCCUUCUCAUGAAAGAUUUAUAAUAGCAAGGUGCUGCAGUAAAAUUUCCCAAUACUGAUAUUUUAUCAUUUGGAAUAAACAGCCCCGUAUUUUUUAUUCCAAAGUAUUAAUGUAAUGAGGGCAAUAAAUAUAAAAUAAACAUAAAAUUAAAAUAUACACUGAUGUACUGUAUGCUCUUUAUUAUCUUUUGUUACUAAAGAAUCCACAAAGACUUCCAGGCAUUUAGAGAGUUUCUCUUGUUUGUAAAUUAUAUUUAUGUUCAUGUGAGACCAUACUUAAUGUGAAAUCUGCCAUCCUCACUCUCAAUCCCCUCCACACAUUUUAAUGGAUUGGCAUAGACAGAGUACAUUUCUUUAGCCAAAAAGCUAACAGGAUUUUUGUUUUGUUUUCAUAGCAAACAGAUGGCUUUGAUAAACUACAAUAUAAGAAGACUAGAUGGUCAUGAUUGUCUUACCAAAACUGAUGAUCGUACCAUGGAAUAUUUUCCAUCUAAUGCACUCUUUUGUAGAAGAUUGAAAACACUAAAUUUUCAGCACUUUCAGAUGUGUUUUGAAGAGAUGGUUUUUCAAAAUACGUAUUUGAAAAAGCAUGCUUUUAAUGUUCAAAAUGGCAGCACAGAGCCAUUGAUAAACACGCAUAUGCAUACAUAUUUAAAUAAAUUAAAGAGAAUUUUACAUAGAAUCUUGGUAUGAUGAUUAAAUAAAGUGGAUGAAAUCUCAAUUUCAGUUUAUGCCUGAAAACAUUGGUUUAUAUCAGGGUAUUUUUUUCUUUAACCAAAAUGACCACAGGAAACAGAAUUUAAUUAGAAAAAUGCUUUCUACUUAUCCCUAAGUGUUAUCUUAGUAGUUUCAAAAGUUCAUCAGAAAAGUGUGGAUAUGAUCCAGUGAAAGUGAAGCACUUAAAGCUUCAAUCAUAUAAAUUCUAACUUGAGAGUAAGCCCCAUCAAACUCACAGUAAAUGUACUUAUGUAUAAGUCUAAAAUGUUUAGUUGCAAAAAAUAAAAAAUCUAGGUUGACUUAUCCACAUGUAAGUACCAUACAUUAACUCUUAUUAAAAAUGGAGCCAUCCCAUUCUCUGACUAGAGAGAGAAAGGCAGGAGUUUAAUCCAUCUCAGGAGAAACUAAAAUAAGCCCCAAUCCGCUCUCCUCUCUCUGUGUGGCACUGCAUCUGGCCUUUUUGAAAACCUGAGUGGGAAUAUGGUGGCAAUGGCCAAGGAUGGCUGGCUCCAUCAGGCAGCAUUGAUGUUUUCCCCUUUUUGUGAAAUGACAUGGGUCAGUUUAUGCAAGAGUAUAUAUUAGUGGUUCUCAACCUGUGGGUCGCGGCCCAGCAGUGAGCUACGAGAAUGAAAAUCUGGUUCACGAACCUCCUUCCUCUUUAUUUAUUUAUAUUGUUUAUUUUAUUUCUGCUCCUUUCCGCAGAGCUGACCAUUGCACUGGAUAGACCACAUCAGCUCUAGAUUAUUAAAUAUGUUUUUAUGGGUGAGCAGAUGGCUACUACUAGAUGGCAAAUGUUCUAUAUCAGAAACUAGAGCUGAUGUGGUCUAUCCAAUGCAGUUUUCUGAAUUGGCACCCCAAGUAACCAAACCGCAUCUAAAGUCAACCAAAAACUGAUUCGUCACCCUUUUGGUACUAAUGUUGGCGAAUGGUCCCUGGUCAAAGUGGUCCCUGGACAAAGUGGGCCCUGGUCAAAAAAAGGUUGGGAACCACUGGUAUAUCUGGUACUUCCCAAUAAACACAUCCAGGAUAAAACUUUGUGGUCUUAAACAGAAUUUGAGCUGCCUUGUUUUUUCCAGAGUACAUCCUUUUUCAUCCAUGUUGUGGCUAAAGAAAUAUUAUAGAGAGGCUUUGUAGUACAUCUGUUAAGGUUGGAAAAAGACCAUGUUGAUGUCUUAUUUACCAGUAAAAGUGGUAGUCGGGUACCACUUUUGCCUUAGUCUUGUGCUCUCACAGCCCCUCCAACCAAACUCAUGCCCCUCAGCUGUUACAUGUAGUUUAGAAGCAGUUUCUUUUUCCAUGCUUAACUAAUACAGCUCUUCACAGUUUUGCCAUUUUCUCAGGCUUUGUGCUUGGACUUAAAUCUGAGUAUAGGAAAGAGAUGAGCAGCAGCCAAAGGGCAUACUUCUUAAUUUAACCCCUUUUUGAAUAAAAAUCAGACACACUACACACACACUUCUGCUUUCUGCAUUUUUGCAGCUAAACAAAUUUUAAACACACAAAUAAGGUUUGGCUCUUAGGAUAUGUCAACCAGAAAUAUGUAUAAUAAUGAGGAAGUCAUUUCUACCGUGAUAUGUGUGCGUUUGUGUGUGCGUAUGUGAGGAUAGGAUGGUGACAUUUGAAUUACUCAGAAUUUAUAAACAGGAUCAUUGGACAUAUGGUUAGGGUUGUCCCAGUUUACCCCUAUAUUUUCAACUGCUGCCUUUUGACGUUCCACCUGUAAUUAAUUUGGUUUACUAUUUAGAAAUACCUGAUGGUGGCAGUAGUGGCUUGUAAUAAUUGUUCCUUGUCUAGAAGAAAAUAAGUCAUCUGUUAACUUUGUGUUCUCCUUGUCUUUUUAUCCACAUUUUUGUCCAAAUUUCCAUACCAUGCCACUGGAUUCACACAUGCUCAGUUCAUGUGAUGUAAAACCAUGGAAGAGAAACCAGGGAUGGGUGGGCAAAGAAUGCAACGUGACAGUUGAUAACUCAGCAGAGGAGUGAUUAUAGUUGGGAAUGUUGCACCAGCACUUUUUGUCAUAUGUCUUUUUACAUUGUCCCACAAUUUAUCUUCUCAAUAUAUUUCUCCUCCUCUCAAAAUUAUGGGCUCUUCGGAGCAGAGACCACAUGUAUCUGUCCACACAUAAAAAAUAAGUACAAAGACCUCAAGCUGUCUCCCUGGAAUUUUGAGGUGAUAUGAAACAAAGGUCAAAAUAAGGGACAUUAUUUGAUAAUUGCUCAAAUACGAAAUGUCUAUGAGAAACCGUUUCUUUUUAAUAACAGAUGAGAGAUUCUCCAUGCUGUCAGCAUCCCUCUCCUCCAAAAUGACUUUCUCAAGUUCUGUGAAAGCUGUCUUCUAAACCUCUGUACGUUUUCAGAUUGAUUUACUGUUUCUACUAUUUGCUGCUAUUUUUCAUCUUAAAAUACUUAUGUGGUCCCAAUUAAUCAGAAAUCAUCUAGUAAAGAUGUUGAUGAAAGAUUUGGCAACUAGAUGAUAUCAAUUCGCUCCCAACUUGAAUAAGCAUAAGCGAUAAAGAAUUCAUCUGGGCAACUAGAUCGGUGCUACUUAGUUCUGCUGUGUUGGUGGUUUUGUCGCCUAUAGACUUUCAUGCUAAUCGGAGCCUAGUUAUGUAUAGAAAGAAUUUCAGAAGGAAAAAGUGUUCACACAAUAUGUCCCCCAGUUCAAUGUGGGGUCAUGUUUGCUAUGGGCAUACCAGUAUUUCUUGCAACAAAUAUGUAUGUAUGUGAACAAUAUGUUAUAAGAGUAUUUUUGUAGGUAUAUCUUGGAACAUCUGUUUGGCUCUAAAAUAAUGGUUCCCAACCUUUGGGCCUCCAGGUGUUUUGGACUUCAACUUCCAGAAAUCCCAGCCAUCUUACCAGCUGUUAGCAUUUCUGGAAGUUGAAGUCCAAAACACCUGGAGGCCCAAAGGUUGGGAACCACUGUUCUAAAGCAUGGGUGUAUGGGUAUAUAUCACUGUCAUUCACACUUUACAAUGUAGUUGCAUUGAGUAAAACCACUUGCAUACCUUGACCAACUCAAUUACUGUAUGAACUGAAAAGCCCAGUAAGUGGAGUACUGAUUAGGGAUAAUCUAAAAUAAGAGAUGGUAUAAUGUGCAAAUUGUAUGAGGCCCCUUUUCAGUGAGAUGCAAAAAUGACUUGAUGUAGAAGUAUUCCUUACAUAUCCCCAGCCAGCUAUGAGGAACAAAAUGUAUAAUUUUUCCCCAGUUUCCCCAACAUUGUUUCCAGCACUUUUAAAAGUGAGAUUAAAAGUCUCUGUUGUGUUCUUCCAUAUUCUUUUUUUUUUAAAAUUACCCAUAUAUCUCUAAGGUCUAUACAUAAUGUCUGGGCACUUGCUACAUUCAUUUUGUGUUCCUGCCAAUAGUUUUCUGAUCUCAAAGUCUAUAUUCCCUUUAUUGAAAUAAGAUAAAGGAUUUGAGGAAACGGACAUUCCUAAUUUUGUAUUCCAUUUAUCCUCUGUGGUUUAGUGCAUGAAAUUAAUUAAUCGGUGAAAUUAAUUAAUCGGGGCUAGGGAGAAGGAGAAAAGGUUGAGCCAUAAGCAAAAAUGUAUUUCCUCUGUACUAUAGAUUACCUUUUAAAGUGAUAUGUGUUGUCAGGGUGAAUUACUGGAUUCUAUUUUCAGGACCAUGGGAUUUUCUUGCUCAGUUUCUUCUAAACUGGUGCAUAUUGGUGCUUUAUAAUGCAGUUUCUAAAGUGAAAUGACCUUAUGCUGCAGCCCUUACAAACACGCACACUAUUUCAGAGAAAUUGUUAUAGUCUCUGGUUUUGCAUAGUAUGGUGAAGGCCCAGGAUCAACAUUCAUGACAAAAGCUCAGAAUUGCCACCUAGCAGGAUCAUCUUAGCUUACCUAUAUGAGGCCAUGAAUUAAGACACUGAGUGACUUUCUGUGUCUGACAGAAGCAGUUCUGUUCAAUGCUGGGAGAAAGAAAAUUACAUUUUCAGUGGAUUAUCAUGGACCUGUGUAGCUAAAUGCUUCUGAAUCUAAAUGGGGGGAAUCCUGUUGUCUUCAGUCAUCAUACUUUGUUGUUGUAAAACCAACAAAAAUAGUAUUUUUUGUCUAAUUUAAAGGAGCUGCUGCUUUUAUAGCACAUAUUUCGCUUUGUACUAUAUUUGAUAGUUAAAAGAUAAUUUAGCCUGUAGAAUACUUUGUUGUAUUUGUACUGUUCAUGAAUGUUACAAGAAAAGUGCUUUACUUUGUUGCCAUAAUUCUCUUGUACUGCUGUAAAAUUAUUAUUAUAAUUAUUAUUAUUUCUGCUUUACAAAUACCUAAAUCAAUUGACAUUUUUGGUACUAGGUUUUGUAUAUUUUUUUUAUUUGUCAGUAUUUUGAAUGUUUACAUUUCUUUGACACUAGCCACUCAAUGCCUUUUUAGGGUAGUAUUUCUCCUGCCCAGGAUAAGAGCAAUGCAAAAUCAACCCAUAUCUGACUCACAUGAGGAAUAUACAUGUAUGUGGGUUAGGAUAUCUCUCCCAUGCAUGGAUAUUUUACAUCCACAUAUAGGGAAACACAUGCCUCCUCUCAGUCCUCUACCAAAGAAUAAAAAUAUAUUCCCAUAGGACAAGUUCUUCACAUUCUCGGAAGGGGAGGAGUUGAUUUCAACGGCAUUGCUACGGUUUACUGUUAUGCUUGCUUUAUUACCUGACUAAAUGUGACUGAGUGAAAAGAAGCAUUUGAAACUUUUACGUUCCUUUUAAGAGACAGUGUUUGGUUUAGAAAUCAGGGAUCAUGCUUUUCAUCAAUGGUGCUGUUUGUCUUUAUUUUUUUUGGGAAAAAAGGAAAAAUUGCAUACAAAAGUUACUGAACACAAGAUUAUAAAGGAAAGGAAAAUAUUUGUUCUGUCUACAUGUUUGCUCCCUGUCCUUCCACAUCCCCCAAAAAUAACAAUUUGGGCUUCAAUAUUAAAAUAUUCUAAAGAAAAUGAGAACAAAAAUAAAUGUUGGUUUGGUU